AUGUCUCUGACCAACACAAAGACGGGCUUCUCGGUGAAGGACAUUUUGGACCUCCCCGACACCAACGAUGAGGAUGGCUCGGCGGAGGGCGGCGAGGAGGAGAGCGAGGCGCCCGAGCCGCCCAGGAAAGCGGGAGUUUUGGGACAAACCCCCUUGGACACUGUUCCGACGCUGCCUUUGAAGAGUCCUUUCUAUGAUAACAGCGAUAAUCCCUACACGCGCUGGCUGGCGAGCGCCGAGGGCAUCCAGUACUCCCUGCACGGGCUGGCGGCCAGCGGCGGCGGCCAGGACCCCUCGGCCAAGUCCCCGGAGCCGUCGGCAGACGAGUCGCCCGACAACGAGAAGGAAGCGGUGGGCGGCGGGGACGCGGGCAAGAAGAGGAAGAGGAGGGUGCUCUUCUCCAAGGCUCAGACCUACGAGCUGGAGCGGCGGUUCCGGCAGCAGCGGUACCUGUCGGCGCCCGAGCGGGAGCACCUGGCCAGCCUGAUCCGCCUCACCCCCACGCAGGUGAAGAUCUGGUUCCAGAACCACCGCUACAAGAUGAAGCGGGCGCGGGCCGAGAAAGGUAUGGAAGUGACUCCUCUCCCCUCGCCGCGGCGGGUGGCCGUGCCGGUGCUAGUCAGGGACGGCAAGCCCUGCCACACGCUCAAAGCCCAGGACUUGGCAGCCGCGACGUUCCAGGCGGGCAUCCCGUUCUCGGCGUACAGCGCGCAGUCCCUGCAGCAGCACAUGCAGUACAACGCGCAGUACAGCGCGGCCGGCAGCCCCCAGUACCCCACAGCGCACCACUUGGUACAGGCGCAGCAAUGGACUUGGUGA